GAGUCCCUCUUAACCAACAUUUGUAUCCAUCCCGAAACACAAAAAAUAAAAAAUGAGAAGAAACUGCAAUCUGGAACUCCGGCUGCUUCCCUCCAUUGAUUCCGAUGACCGUCGCCACUGGAUGGAAGAGACGGGCAAAAGCCCAGAAAGCCAGCAGCAACAGUUGACCAUUUUCUACAAUGGAAGGAUCUGUGUUUGUGAUGCCACAGAGCUUCAGGCGAGAGCAAUUUUAACAAUGGCAACUCGAGAGAUAAUGGGGGAGAGAAUGAACUUGAAGACUCCAACGGGAACAGAUCCAGUUUCGCCAACGUUGCCGUUUCAAGUCUACAGUCCGUCGGCCGGAGUUUCCAUGAAGAGAUCGCUGCAAAGGUUUCUUCAAAAACGAAAGAAUCGGAUCCAAACCACGUUUCCAUACCAAUUACCACACUGAAAAUGUUUGAUUGAUUUAAAGAAGAAAAGGCUAGAGGAUAAUCUGGAUUUCCGCUUUCCAGUGUCAUCAUAUCAACCUUCGAUCUGCAAUUUCAAUCCUUAAUUUCUUCCUGAACAAGGGGAGUUUUUGUAAAUUAUUAUGUACGUAUUGAAUUAAACGGCCUUACUGGACUCGUUAUUUCAUUUUAUACAUUUAAUUUGUUCAAUUGAAUUUUUUAUUUCAUUGUGUUGUUGUGUUUGCAUUUUGAUUAUUUAAACUCUAUGAAUUUUUUUUCCAUUAAAGAAAUUGAUUACUU